GAGCACUUAAGUGAAGUCAGAGCAGGAGAGAGACAGGAGGAUGAUGAUGUUCCGCAAAACUUUUCACAACCACAUCACUGUCACCGUCAUCAUCAUCAUCAGCUGCUGCGCUGUGGUCACGAGCUUUUUCCUGAAAAGACAUGACAGCACCUCGGAUUUGUAACGCCUUGUCACUGAACACUACUACUCUACCGAAAUGACCAGACGUGUGUCCUGCUCACGGGGAAGUUUCGUUUUGAGGAGCGGAUUUUAAACUCCAAAAGGUACAGAGAUCUGAUCAGGGCACCUUGUUCGGGCUGGGAUGAGAUGCUAUGAGAGGUUUCUCAUUGUCACAGUUCUGCUGUUUGGAGGCUUCCUCCUAAUGUUCACCUCCAGGCAGUCCACAGCAGACGAUAACACAUUCAACCAUCUACACAAGGUUUACUGGAGGCUGUUAAAAGCUGAGCAGCGUGGAGAGGAGUUAUCAUACAAAUUGUUGCAAAUGUUGGAGAAACUAAAGAGCGUAAACAACACCAGAGCGAAUCUGACGGUCUCCAACUCCACAAGGAUCUCCUUAGGUCACUCCUUGAGUAACUCCUCGGCUAGACAGUUUUUGUCUCCUCGACCCUACGCUCUCCUGUUCCUGCCUCACCUCAAAGAGAACCAAGAUAGCCUGCAGCCAAGAGUUUACCUGGGACAGGGGCGUAGCGGAGUGUCCCUAGUUUUAGGGAUCCCUACAGUGCGCAGACAGAAACAGAGUUAUCUUGUGAAUACGGUGAGCUCUCUCCUUUUCGACCUCACACCCGAGCAGAAGACGGACAUCAUCGUCGUCGUCUUCGUAGCAGAGACAGACAGUGCCUUUGUGAAGAGUGUGGCAAACAGCAUCCAAGAGAAUUUUCCAGAUGACGUAAAAUCCGGACUGAUCGAAGUGAUCGCACCUUCUCCGUUCUACUAUCCAAAUCUGUCUAACUUGAAGGAAACGUUUGGUGACUCCAAAGAAAGAGUGAAGUGGAGGACUAAACAAAACCUGGACUACAGUUACCUCAUGUUGUACGCUCAAGACAAGGGUACAUACUACGUUCAGCUGGAGGAUGACAUUGUGGCCAAGUCAGGAUACACCGAGUCUAUAAAGUAUCAUAUCAAUAAUGUAAACAGUGACCAGUGGCUUUUCCUGGAGUUCUCACAACUGGGCUUCAUAGGGAAGCUUUUCCGAGCUUCGGACCUGCCUGGUAUUGUGGAGUUCUUUCUGAUGUUUCACAAGGAUAAACCCAUCGACUGGCUGCUGGAUCACAUCCUCUGGGUGAAAAUGUGCAACCCGGAGAAGGACAGUAAACACUGCAAUAAUGAGAAGGCAAAGCUGAAGCGUACUUUCAAGCCGUCCCUGUUUCAGCAUGUGGGUGUGCACUCAUCCCUGCCAGGCAAAAUACAGAAUCUGAAAGAUAAAGACUUUGGGAAGCAAGUGCUCUAUAAAGCCCAUCGGAACCCUCCUGCCGAGCUGAGCAGCAGUCUGAAGCACUAUCAGAGUCAUUCUCUGGACAGAGCUUAUCAAGGUGUUGACUUCCUAUGGGCUUUCACACCCAGCAAAGGAGAUUACAUCCUCAUCAAGUUCAACUCACGGCAAACUGUUAAAAGGUAUCGCUUCAGAAGUGGAAAUAUUGAAGCAAAUGGAGAUAAGUUUUACGACACCAGCGUGCAGGUGCUGCCUAGUGAUGUCUCUGUAAGGGUGCGUGCAGAACAAGGACUGCUCUCAUGUUGCAAACCUUCGUCUGACGGCUUCGUUAUACUAGGCUCUUUUGUAAACGGAAUAGCAGAGGGAGCAAUCGACGGAGCGCUGGGUGACUUAGACGCCAUGCGUCUCAUUGUUAACAGUACCUCAGAAUCCUGGGCAGUCCUGAGUGAAAUCUUUAUUCAAGUUUAAUAAACUCAGAAGUGAAGGAAAAGCAGAGAUCGCUGCAACUCGUCUAUUUUUCUCUGAGCAACAGCGCCCCUGGUGGUCAAAACACGAAUUGAGGAAGACAUGAAGAAACGUCACUUUUCUGAUGUUUGGAUCGUUGCUGUGUGCUUUGUGAUACAGCUAACCCAACAGAGCAACAUCAGAGAGGAAAACUCACUCCAUUUAUGUCUAAAUUUCCACUCUUUUGACUCAGAAAAUAAGCAGAAAUUUGCUGUGAUCUGAACACACUUGAAUCUUGUCAUCUGUUUUACACAGUUGUUUGAGUUUUUUGCUCAAACACACCCACGUUUGCACAAGAAGAGGCUAAUAUAUACGCGUACUUUACACUCUUUUAUUCAGAUGUUGCGUAUUGUGGAGAUAUUUUUAUAUCGAUCAGAUAUCGAUCCGAGCCCAAGUCAUUACAUUACAUUACAUUACCAUUCUCACUGAAGCGGAAUACAUCAACCCUUUACAUCAAUCUUGUUCUCUCUCAGUUCUGAUCAUGAAAGCUGUGCAGAAAUGAACGUUUAACCUAUGAGCAAAUCUGUAUCCAUUCCCUUGUUUACAUGUCAUAUGCAUACAGCACACUCCAGUUUAGCCCCAUAACACACAUCUCAUUUCCAUGAACCAUGCCCUAAUGUGUGAAAUUGUCACGACAACGAGAGCCAGUAAGAGGAAACUAUUCCACAGACUUAUCCGAGAUCGCAGGAAACAGAUAAGAGAAGAAGGAAAGAUGUUAAUACAUAUCAGAAAAAUGAAAAUGAGUUUGAGGUACUUUAUAUGAAUUUAGAUUUAUAUAAAUAUAUGAAUAUAUUUUAUUUGAAUUGUAUAUAUAUAUAUAUAUAUAUAUAUAUAUAUAUAUAAGCUGUUGCAAAAAGAGUAGUGUUAUAAAGUUCCCCAACAGCAAUGUGAGAAACUAAUGGAGAGCAUGGAGCCAAAACGCAUGCAAAUCGGGGUUAUUCCACCAAAUACUGAUUUCUUAAUGUUAUUUAGCCAAAGCAUUAACACUAUUUGUUUACACAUUAUUUGCAUUUUGUUUUAUUUGAGUUAUUAAAGCUCUGCAAAUACUGCAGGAUCUUGGGUUAUUUUGAUGCGUUGUCGUUUCCUUUAAAUAUACACUCUAAAUAACAAUAGUUAUAUUUUGAAUUUAGGAAAAAUAUAAUAUAUAAAUAUAUCAGCAGUUCACAAAAAAUGAAACAAAACUGUUCAUCUUUCCAAUACAUGAACCUGGAAGACAAAAAAAAAACAUAAGAAACUGAUUAUUUUGCAGUGGUCUCUUGUUUUUUAUUUUUUUUACCAGAGCUGUAUGUAUGUAUGUAUAUAUAUAUAUAUAUAUACAGAGAACUUUUCAUCCAUCAAUUUUCUGAUGUUUGGAUCGCUCCUGCGUGCUUUGUGUUGUUCUAAGAGUCUUCAAAUGGCACAAAAAAAAAUGCAUAUAUAUUACAGGUUACAGUUUUUUGAGAAUUUUCACCGAUUCAAUUGGUCCAAAGAUGAAGCAUUUGGGAUUCUGAGGAAAAGUAGACACUUAGAGAGUGGAAAUGAAAUAGGUUUCUACUCAAAUGACUAGUUUUAGCUAGUACGCUGAUGUCAGACACUCAAUGCACAGGUUGUCUAGUUAGUUAAGUUAGGCUAACAUUAGCUUAAGGGAAACUGCUAACAGGAAUUAAAGAAGGAAAUUAAUUUCAUAUAACCAAACACUAUAGAGUUAUUUACCACUUUUUAAGGGGUCAUGUCUUUUAUUUUGACUCUACACAUCUCUUCAAUUCACAUUUCAUAUACAUUCAAUAUACAUUUUAAGACAAUUCAACACAAAGACCACAAUAAAUAGGCAAAAUUAGGAAAAACAAAGAAUUAAUACUAUCCCAAAUUCAUACUGAAAUAUAUUCAGAACCCAGGUUACCAGUGUGUGUGUGUGUGUGUGUGUGUGUGUGGAUUUUGUUGUUGUUUAUGGUUCUAAUCAGUCCUGUGUUUUCUCUAUUCAUUUGGGAAUUUGAAUAGGUCAGAUUUAAUUAACGUGUUAUUUAUUAAUAUAUUGACGAGUCAGGAUUCCAUCCUGAAUUAUUAAACACAUCGACAGUUCAUAUAAACAAAACACUGGAAGAAAUGAAACACUGACAAGCAGAAUACCUAUUAGAUUAGUAAUAGAAUUAUUUUUUGGUUGUUUAUAUCGAUGUGAAUUUCUGACUCAAGAAUGAUGAAGAACUAAUGAAAUAUUUCUGUAACACAUUUAACAUUUCUCACUUAUUUUUUAAAUAAAAAAUAUUAGGUUUGAAAUCCAGAAAAA